CGUCCUGAGGCCCCGCGUCAACCUCCUUUUCACUCUUUAAUCCUCCCCAAACCAUACGUACAGCCAUCCGUCGCCGACCUAGAGCCUUGACAAGACGAUCCCUCCGAUCCAGCUCGCUACUACUCAACUUCAAAGCUAUCCCGGCAGCCCGUUUGUUUCAGCACAGCAGACACCGAGCCGACCGGCGGCAUGGACCCUAUCAGCGCGGUCGGCUUCGCGGCCAGCAUUCUGACUUUUAUCGACUUCGGCCACAAGAUCGUGACUGGGACCCUGGAGGUACUCAAAUCGGGCAGUCUCACGAGGAACACAGACAUCACCAUUGUCCUAAACGACUUUCACGCCGUCGUGAAGGCGCUGGCUCGGCGGCCCUCGGGCAAGUCGGCGCAUGAGAUCGCGUUGGAGGAUCUUGCCAAAAGAUGCCAAGAGGUAGCGGGGAGGUUGUCCGACCUCCUAGGGACGCUGAGAACAAGACCCGGAGGCUCGUCCUGGGAGGCCAUGAAGCUGGCUCUCCGUUCCAUGCGGAAGAAAGGCGACGUGGCAGACCUGGAAGAGCGGCUGACCAAAUAUCGCUCCGAGCUUAUGAUUCAUUUGGUUUCCAUCCUCAACGAACGGCAGCUAUCCAUUCAGAUCCAGUUGUCCGACUUCCAAUCGCAGAUCCAGAAACAGUCGUCCCAUCCGACGACGAAACAGAUGCAAGUUUUCCGAGACGACGUCUUGAAGGCUGUCAAGGACGUCCUCCUGCAGCAGCAGACAGACCCACCCCCGGCGUUCGAACGCUCCAGCGGCGGCGGCGGUGCUUGUCAAAGCGCGGAGGACGGGGACCGGGAGCGUGACUCCGCCGCCAGUGACCACUUGCAACUGCUGCGCGCGGCACUGGAAAAGAUUGACGACCUGCUGAGGAGCAAUACCGUGCCCUCGCCUGAGAUUAGGGUUCUCAGGCAAUUGUUUUCCCCGUCUUUGUAUCGGCGGAAACACGACGUGGCUGAAGCCAGCGGUAACACGUUUGAGUGGAUCCUGGGCUCUGCGACCUAUGGCUCGGAGGAUUCGGAGAAUAAGGGGGGAAAGGAUAGGGACCAGGUGAAAGAUCGGGCAACCCGCGCAAGACGCGCGGCGGCGUCCCGCUUUCUGCACUGGUUGAGAAACGGCAACGGCGUAUUCCACAUCUCAGGCAAGGCAGGGUCCGGAAAAUCGACCAUGAUGAAGCUCCUGUUGGAAAACGAGAAGACCAAGGAGGAGCUGGAGAAGUGGGCCGGCGAGAAACAACUCGUCUCUGCCCAUUUCUUCUUCUGGCUAUCCGGCGACGAGCUGCAGCGUUCGUUAGAAGGCUUCUACCGCGCCGUCCUCUUUGAGAUUCUCAUCAAGUGCCCGGAGCUGAUACGAGACGUCUUCCCCGAAGCACACAGGAACUUCUCCCAAUCCAGAAUCGAAGGGUCCCUCGACGAGCUCUUCGUUGAUCCCCGUAGUAUCCGCAAAGCAUUUGAAGACCUGGUGACCAAGUCGCCACCGCCCGGGUAUCGAUUCUGCAUCUUCAUCGACGGACUCGACGAGUACGGCGGAGACGGCGUCCAUGAGAGGGAGCAUCAGCUCUUGGCCGAUUCUCUGAGCGUCUGGGCCGCCCAAGACGACAUCAAGAUCCUGGCCAGUUCCCGCCCGCACCGGCAAUUCGAUGACACCUUCUCAGACGAACUGCGCAUCCGUCUGCACGAGUUUACGAGGUCUGAUAUCGUCCUCGCGGCGCGCGAAAUGUUUGAGAACGAUAGGUGUUUCAAGCAGCGCCCGGAGAUCCGGGACUGCUAUGCGGGCCUAAUCGAGAAUGUCGCCGACGCCUCUGACGGGGUGUUCUUGUGGGCAUCCCUCGCGGUUCGGGCCCUUCUUAACGCUGCCGGGCGCCACGAUCCCAUUGAUUCCCUCGAACAACAAUUGGAAUACCUUCCGAGAGAAUUUAACAAGCUGUACGAGAAGUUGUUCAUGUCCAUCGAGGACGCCGAUCGGGCCAUGGCCUUCAGGAUGCUCCUUCUGGUUGCCGAGUGUCGCUCACUUAUGCUCCCGCUGAACGCGCUGAGCAUGACAUGGCUGAGGGAUUUGGAUGAGCCGGAGUUUCCGACUAACCGCGAAAUCAAACCAUACACGGACGAGGAAAUCGAAGAAAGGCAUCUCCAAGCAAGAUGUCAAGUCGAGGGCUUCACAAAGGGUCUGCUCCAGAUUGAGACUUAUGCGAAUCAUCCUUUCUACCAGGGGCGGGUCGCGUUCUUUCACCGUACCGUCCACGAUUUUGUUGCGCAAAGCCCAGCCAUCCAAGAAUUUGCCACGAGGUUUCCCAACUAUACCGAUGUGUCGACUUAUGCCCGUCUUUUUCUGGCCGAGCUCCACUUCGCAAGGUUGGAACGCCACUGGCAUUUCCUGCAGGAAUACCGGGACUUUUUGACACAGAUCCGGGUUGAAUUUCAAGAGAAUGGAAACCUUGACUAUAUCCUGGAUGGCUAUGAUCGAGCCAUGGGGCAGUACAAGCAAUAUGGUGACGGAGGCAUCUCUCAGCACCUGGAUAGUAGCAUGCUUGGUGGGGAUGGGGGGGGUGUCUCAUUCAUUCACUUCAUGGCCUCGGCCGGCUUCACGGGUUAUGUCGAGCGAAAAGUCACCGGCAACCCCAGCCUGCUCCAGCCGCAGGGGGGAAUGUCCCUGCUCUUUUCUGCUGCGUGUGGUAGAGAACCGGCCCUGGUGAAGUCUCUCUUGGCCGCUGGCGCACGCCCAGACCACCUGGUGGAGGUGGACAGGCCUGGCACGUCGGCGCGUGUCGAACAUACGGUCUGGCACCUGGUCUGCACCCGUUUUGCCUGCGGGGUGAUAAACCGCCCGCUUUCCUUGGACCUGCGUGCCGAGUGCGAGGUCAUCCAGUACUUCAUCGAAGCAGGCGCAGAUUUCAACUGCUUCGCCCUCCUCGCUCGCAAGAAGGUGAAGGGCGGCUUGGAAUACUCCGAGGGCCAUCCGACGCAUGCAAUCUCCCUGCGGGCCCUGAUUCAACAACUGGACCCGCCUAAUGUCCAGGUGCUCUUGAAGCUGAUGGAGGAGCCGAAGCCUGCACAUAACAAUAUAAUUUCGCGUAUCAUCGGCACCUCAUGGGGAUACCUCGUCGGGGCAAAACCCGAACCCGCCCCGUUCCGCCCUGCGGACGAUUACGCUCCUUUCCAUCUCGCAAUGGACCCAGCUCCUAUAGAUAGAAAGCCGGGAGAUAGAUCCCCUCCCUUCUUUGUCGGGGCCGUCCAGUGGCGGAGCGCACUGAUGGACCGGCGUAUCAUGAUGAGGCUGUGUUGAAUUACCUAGGUAGCUAGCAUCGUGCCCAUCACCCUUCUCCGACGUUACGUCAAUUUGUGAUGCCACUUUGCGUGGCGGUUAAUUAACAUUUGUUGUUCCUGCAUCCAUACUCCCCAGACUCCCAUCCCCGGUUUGAGUGGCCGCUGAUAGAUGUAUUUCGUUCACCUCCUGGUUCCCGGCUAUCUUUGUGUGUAUUGUCGUCCGGUUCGACAUCGGUGGGUUCAGGGUCACGGUUUCCUUUCUAACACUCUCUCAGCUCUUUGUGGACCAAAUAUUGGAACAGAUGUAAACGCAUCCCUAACCACACAUUACACCGCCAAAGAACAUGUUCCUUUA